AUGCCUCCAUUCGUCGAAGACAUGGAUGAUGCGAUGGACGACGUCCCAUUUCCCAAUAUCGGCACAGAUCUUUUCGACGACAACUUCGGGAACUUCGAUGACGACGAAGAACCGCUCGAUUCCGGCCCUGUUAUUCCCGAUAUCCUGAAGGAAGAGGUUGCGCAGACCGUCGUCCGCAUUGAGAACGAAGACGAACAGGACGGCGACGCCGACAGUAACGACGGAGACGCCGACAGUAACGACGGAGACGCCGACAGUAACGACGGAGACGCCGACGCAGACCUGGAAAACGGUCACGCCACCGAAAGCGCCGCCCCCGAGGCACCGAUGGACGUUCCAGCUCCAGUCAGCGCCAAGAAGGCAGGCCGCGCCUCCAAGGGUCCCUCGCGCGUGUCCACCCCGGCGUCACCCAAGUCUGCGAAGGCGGCUGGCGGUCGCAAGCGCAAGGCCGAGGAAGAUGUGGACGAGCCUGCUGACAAGCGCUCUGGUCGCGGCCGCGCUACUGCCGCGGCAGCGAGGGAGGGCAUCAAGGAGGCCAGCAAGAAGCGGCCCCGCGCUGCCUCCGGUACCGUCAAGGAGGUACCAAAAUCCGGUCGCGGCAAACCUGGCCGAAAGCCAAAGGUCGAGAAGGAGGAGCCCGACGCCGAAGAGUACGAGGUCGAGGAGAUUCUGGACUCCGGUAUGGACGCCAAGACAAAACAGGUUCUGUUCCUGGUCAAGUGGAAAGGCUACGCCGAGGGGGACAACACUUGGGAGCCAAAGACGAAUCUGGCGCACGCGAAAGAGCUGCUGAAGGAUUACGAGGUGACCAAGAACAAAGAGAACAAGACGGCGAAGAAGGGAACAGCCGCCACCAAGAAACCCGCGCCGGCCAAGAAAGCUCCGGCGAAAGCUGCCGCGAAAGCCCCCGUCAAGAAAGCUGCCGGAAAGGCCGCGGCAGGACGUCCUGGACGUCCUGGCCGCCGUGGCAGGCCCGGUCGUCCCAAGGCGAAGUAG